AUGACCCAUUGCCUGUUGGGAUUGAUGUCGGCGUCGAGACGACGCAAGAUUAGAUUGAGAGAUGCGAAAUCCCAAUGAUUAAAAUCGAAUUUUGAAUUAGAAAGCCGUUAGGAUUUAUACUUCCGCUCUAUGUUGUCUAUUUGUAAAAUAAAAAUGGAGGUUUCUGCUACUUCUUUACUCCUGCUGAAGUCUAUUGACCUACAUGGACACAAGCUGUACCAUCGACAUACGAAAUGUGGAGACGGUCCCCGAUCAGAUCACAUCUGGAGACAGCCCUCGCAAUGUAAUUGUGGAAAGUCCAGUUCAUGAGGCGGAGAGUCCGGGUCACAUGGUGAGCCUCGGGGAGGAGGAGGAAGAGGAAGGCCUGGGGGAUGAACAGCUGGUGGAUGUCCCCAGCACGCUCGCAAGCUCAUCAAAUGACGUCAAUCUGCUUCUUCUUCACUCAAAUGGGGGAGGGCACCUGUCUUUGGAGACCUCGGCCUCGUCUGUUUCACAACAGAUGGAUACACAGACUGUCCAGGCUGUUACCUUGGCUGAUGGAACCACCGCAUUUAUCCAGCAUCCAAAAGGGGGAAAGUUUAUGGAGGGACAGACCAUUAGCCUGGAGGAUGGGAGCACUGCAGUAGUACAGGGCAUCAGUCAUGUUCUGCCUGUCAACAACAUUCAGUCAGAGAUAGACAGUGUGGUCAAUCCCAACAUCGUUCUGACCGACUCCACACAGGUGGGGGGUCAACCCAUACAGCUAGAAGACGGAACCACCGCAUUCCUUCACCACACCCCAAAAGAGGGUUUACAGGCGAUCCAGUUAGAGGAUGGGACCACUGCAUACAUCACUCACCCCUCUGCAGAAUCUCUCUUUGGGGACGCUCAGAUCACUAACCUAGACAGCAGCACUCUCAGUCUAGACCAGCUGGCUACUCAGGUGACUGUUGAUCAGAUGAAGGAGCCCAGCCUGGAAUCUCUACAGACCAGUACUAGUCCUCUUGGUGCUAACACUUCAGUGGUGCAUACUGUAAUAGCUGCUGGUCUAACAACGGAUGAGAAGACAAUGGUAUUUGGGGAGAAGGCUUACCGAUGUAGCUUUGACGGCUGCGGCAGGCUGUACACCACACAGCACCACCUGAAGGUUCAUGAGAGAUCACAUACUGGGGUCCGUCCAUUUAAAUGUGAUUAUGAAGGCUGUGGUAAAGCUUUCGCUACUGGCUAUGGACUGAAAUCUCACACACGUGUUCACACAGGUGAAAAACCUUACAAAUGCCCGGAGGAGGGGUGUGACAAGGGUUUCAAGACCUCGGGGGAUCUUCAGAAGCAUGUCCGCACCCACACAGGUGAGCGCCCCUUUAAGUGCCCCUUUGAGGGAUGUGAGCGAUCCUUUACCACCUCCAACAUAAGGAAAGUACACAUCCGCACACACACUGGAGAGAGGCCUUACAUCUGUAAUGAGGAGGGAUGUGGUAGGGCUUUUGCCAGCGCCACCAACUACAAGAACCACAUCAGGAUCCACACAGGAGAGAAGCCCUAUGUGUGUACAGUGCAGGGCUGUGGUAAGCGAUUCACAGAAUACUCCUCCCUCUACAAACACCAUGUUGUUCACACUCACUCCAAGCCCUACCACUGCAAUCACUGUGGCAAAACCUACAGACAAACUUCCACGCUCGCCAUGCACAAGAGGACGGCUCACGGGGAAGAUACAACCGCCGAGUUGGAGGCUCAGGUGUACAAUGAACAGAUCUUUGCCAAAUCAAAUGAGCAGCCACCAGAGAAGAGAGCCAAGUUUGAGUAUGCUAUUCAGGCCAAGGAGGAGGAAGGAGGGGAUCCCCUGAUCCAGAAUGAGGCUGUCGUUAUAAAUACAGAGUCCCAGAACUCACAGGAAUCUCUUUUAUCCAGUGACCAGGUCCCUACCAGUGCCAACAUAGCAACUAUCACAAUGGGGGAGCAUGGUCAACAACAGGUGUUUGUGAUCACUGACCCUGCUCAGCUGGAGGCUCUACAGCAAUUAGCAGCUCAGCAACAGCAGCAGCAGAGAGAGAACUUGACAGACUCGUCAGAGCAACACCUUACCACCAUCAGCGUGGGUCAAACUGAAGAGGAAUCUCAGACAGAAUUAACUGACCAAUCAGAGGAAGCCCUGGUGCAGCUCGACCAAUCACAACAAGUAAUUGUACCAAAGCUUGAGCCCCAAGCGCACAUAGAGUCCGUAGUGCUGGAAGAUGGGUCAUCGUACUCGGAGAAAGAAAUCCUGGAGGGUGUGAUGGAGGCUGAUAUAGUAGCUGGUGAUAUUGUCACAGACGGGGACAUCACUGGAACAGGAGUAUUGGAGGAAACCGUCCAAACAUAAACAGCAAUUAAUUCUGUCAUUGUUAUUUAUUUUGUAUAUUUUCUUUAUUAUUAAAUUUGUUGACUCUUU